GGAAUUCCAAAUACAUCUACGCUUGAAUUAGUCUCGAUAUGCGUGGUAGGACCAAUCAGGUUCUUACGAGCCUGCCAAGCAUCUUGGUUCAAAGGGUGGUUUUGCUUGCGGAUCCCCAGUGGUGAUCGAGGAGGGCACGAGAAUACUACCUUGACGAACGCCUUUCCGAGGCAAUUCAGGCACUCUCAUGCCCUUAGUCACCGCUCCCCCACAACCACUAUUGCCAUACGACAGCCACUACCAUCGCCACUGCCACUGCCACCACCAAGAACACUCCCAACCACCUGAAGUCUGGCAGUGAAGGGCCCUCGCUGGUCGUUGGGUCUGAGAGCCGAACAAUUAUUCGACUUCAGUUUUUGACGUGUUUUCCAAGCAGCCGACUGGGUAUGAAGCUGCAGGAGGAAUUAUUUCAUUCUUCUAAUACUCAAGACGUUUGGAGUGAUCUCGUAGGUGGUGUUCGUGUUCCCCGAUUGUGAAAGGGUUGGUGGUGAUUCUAAUUAGUGAAAAACAUCUUUCUGAAAACGAGUUCGUGAUCAGGGUUUUAGUUGUGUUAACCCCCCAGAGUGAUUUUGUGGUGGGGUGAAUUAAGUAACUGGCCAAGAGUACACAAGGAAGGUCAGCUUCCACCACCAUGUCAACUCAGACUCCCCUACUACGAAUCUAAAGAAUCAAAGAGCGGACACCUGUGAGCUUGUGAUUGAGUGAUACAUUGUGAUUCUCAGAGUGCAAUCGUUCCCAAACGUAAGACAAUGGUCCUCACUAAGUAUUUGUUGUGGUGCCUCGCCUUUUGUGUCAGUGUCAGCCGUGGUCACGUGGGCCUGACGUACCCACCUGCCAGAAAAUAUGACUUGGAUUUCUUGGACAAUGUCAGAACAAAACCGCCUUGUGGAAUGCCCAAAGGCGAAGAGCGCACUCGAUUGAAAGCCGGUACGUCUAUAAAUAUCACAUGGCAUCUGGGCUAUCCCCAUCAGGGUGGAUUCAAAUUGGAACUAUUAAAUUCCAAUGAGGAAGUGAUCCAAGCCUUGACCCCCCAAUCCGACAACGAAUAUGUCACCGGUGACACCACAGCCCAAAGCCAUCUCUUGGAAAUCCCGGUAGAUCUUGAGUGUCAAGAUUGUUCUAUUCGGUUGGUACGUCAAGCUUUGGAGUGGAGUAAACGAUACUUGUUUUGGUCUUGCGCCGAUGUUGAUAUUGUGCAUCCAGGACAAUACAGCGAGGAUUGCAAUGGACACGGACGUGCUUUGGCCGGUCGUUGUCGAUGCGACAGGCUUUACUUCGGUGAGCGUUGCCAAUAUCAUGAUGAAUGCGAAAAGGAUAAGGACUGUGGAAGACGAGGAAGUUGUGUGGAUGUGGAUGCCACCACUGCACCACGGAAGCAAUGUUUUUGCCAGAUUGGUUAUUUCGGAGACGAAUGCGAAAAGGAAUCCCCCGUCAAGUCAAAUCAGAUCCAAGAGGGUCUUUAUACUUCGCGAGAAAUCUCGCCAAACUAUAAGUUGAUGUGGAGAAUUCUUCGAGAUGUUCAGGAAAUCGAGGUGGUCAUGCAGAUUAAAGGGACUGGUUAUGCUGCUAUUGGGUGGAGGCCCAAGACCGCAGAUAAAAGUUGCCAACGAUUUCCGCGAAUCGUUUCUACCGAGAACGAGUCUUUGGAUUACGACUCCAGUGAAUUGAAUUCUGAUGAUUCGGAGCCUGAAGGAGAAAAUGAAGCCAAAUCUGAUCCAGAGUCAGAAGCUGAAGCUAAAGCCCAGGCUGAAGGCGAGGCUGAAGGCGAAGCCAAACCAGAAGGUCAAGCCUAUGCCGAAGCCGAGGAUCAUGCGGAUUCCGAAUCUGAACCAGAGGCUGAUACUUCUGACAAUGAGGCCAUUGAGGCUGAGGCCCUUGCCCAAAGCCGAAGUGGUCGUCGUGUGGAAAAGAGCAUUGAUGUGAGCAUUGGCUUCGUCAAGACCUCCGUUAGCACGGGAGACAGAAAGAAGAGAUCGGCCGAGCUUGAAGAAAUUUCUUUUGAGUCGGAAGCUUUCCCAGACACCUCAAUCGAUGUGGAAGCCGAUUCGACUCUCUUUGAAUCGGAUUUGCGUACACAAGACACCACAGCCGAGCCCAAGGGCGGUGCCCAGGCCGAGGCUGAGGCUGAAGCUGAACAAGCUGCAGUCACAACGGCUGAACCAGAUACGUUUCCAAUGACAGAGACCCCUGGACCAACGGCAGAUUCUUCCGCUGAGCCAGAAAGUCAUGCUGAAGCUGAUACUGAGACAUCAACAACUCCAGGGUUUGAAGCCUUGGAGGAGACUACCAGCCAGCCAGAGGCUGAGUCUGAACCAGAAACGCAUGAUGACACAGACAGUGUGCCACAAGUUGAGGCGGAAUCUGAGAGUUCCACAACCGAAGCCUAUCCAGAAAGCGAAGCUGAGAGUGAAUCGGCAACUGAAACUCAAAGUGUACCAAGGUCUCAGUCGCAACCACGAGCCAUUGACUUCAAUUCUGGCAAUGAAAUUGAGCCCUUUAAUCAAGGCACUGAUGUACCAUACCUAGAAACUGAAGAAGAAGCUAAGCCUGAAAGCGAGGCUAAAUCCGAGGGUGAAGCUGAAGCUGAAGCAGAAGCUGAAAGCGAAGUGGAAGCCGAAACUGAGGCUGAAGCUGAGAGCCCCUCCGAUCAAAGUGAGGACAAUAACGAAGGAAAUGCUGAAGCAGAAUCCAAUGUAGGAGGUGCGUCCGAGCCUGAAAGCGAAGCCGAAGCCGAAUCAGAAGCUGAAUCCGAAGCCGAAGCCGAAGCCGAAGCCGAGGCCGAAUCUGAAGGAGACUCUACGCCUGAAAUUGCAGCUGAGCCAGCAGCCAGUGGCAAGGGUGUCACAGGGUAUACUCCUAAAGGUGAAUUCCACGCUAUGGAUUGCACGGAUAUGGUGAUUGGAAUGGCUCGCGGUAGUGCCUCCCGUGUCUUUGACUAUUAUACCCGUGACCGAUCCACUCCCCGGCGUGACACUUUCUGGGGUGGCAGUGAUGAUCUCACAGCGGCUUUGGGAUUCGAACGCGACGGUGAAACCACAAUCCUCUUCAGGAAGAAACUCUCACCGGAAGGGUUUUCCGACCAUGAAGUGCUAAACGAUCAGAUGCACAUAAUUUGGGCCAUUGGGCAAGAGCCCGAUAACUUCUUUCACAGCCCUGAAUCUGGUUUGGAAAAAGGACCAGCCAAUGUGAAAGAUUUCUAUCGAGCAGAUGAGCUCAAAUAUCACGGAAAGAAGAAUCGAGGCGUGGUUCUCAUGAACUUUUUUGACGAAAUUAAGCAAAGUAUCGGCGCAGACUCCGGAGAAACGCUCGGAUUUUGCGGCGGGGAAUGGAAAUACCCCAGGGAUUGUAAUCCUGAAGACAAGAGCUGCGAUUACAGAGCUCAGUGGAGAUAUGAAGAAAAUAAAGACUUGAUUCAUUUCACGGUCAGAAGUAAUGAUCCCACAAAAUGGACUGGAAUUGGAUUCUCCGAGACUCCUCAGAUGAGUCAAAAUGACGUUGUUGUUGGCUUUGUGGAGGCCAAUGGCCGGGCUCGUGUCAUGGACAUGUGGACUAGUUCUUACCUGAGUCCUGUAUUGGAUCGUUCCCAGGAUCUGAUCAAUCCGAAGGCAUCAGUUGAAGACGGAAUUUUGACCAUGGAGUUUACGAGAAAGCGAGACACCGGGGAUUCCGGCAAGGAUGUGGCCUUCAGUGACGACCAAGGGUUCUACAUGAUAUUCCCUGUCAAGGGUGGAGACUUUAACGGUGCCAAUAGGAAGAUUAGAAAGCAUGAGCAGACUCCAACACCUUCAGGCCAAAGGAUCUUUAUCAAGGCGUGUCGAAACGAUGAUGGCACACCUACAUUUACGACAACACCCCGACCUGCCCAAUUAAGGUAUCAAGCCAAGGUUAAAUUCAUUGAGCUUGGGGACAAGUACCAGUUACCCGUGUCAGGAUCUCGGGAGUACACCGAAUUAAAAACGAGAAUCUCCAGGGCUAUGAAGGGAACCAUGAUCUCCCAAGUCCCUGGGUUCCAAGAGAUUGUCAUCAACAAAUUCAGAGGAACGGACAAAAUAUUCGGUGAAUUUGAGGCAGAUAUGUUUGUCGUUGUGGACAAGGAUGAGUAUGAAGCCAAAGAACCCGAGGCCAUGACCAUGGAGAAAGCCAUUGAAGAAUCGGUCAAGGAUGGCAUGGUUGGGUCCCUUCAAGUUGAUCCACAAUCGCUUGUUUUGCGUGCGCCGAUUACCACCGAGCCAAGCACAGACGAUGAUGUUGAAGUUGAAGGAGCAGGAUUCAUGACCAGUACAAAAUUGUACAUUGUCAUUGCCUGUAUUGUUGCUUUGAUCAUAAUCGCCCUCAUCCAAGCCUCAUGUACCGUCUAUCGAAUGUCUAAAAAGUCAUCAACUCGAAAGGAUAAACUCAUCGCCCAAUCCGCCUGGAGAGACUACAGCGCCCAAGGUCAUCACACCAACUACGCGUACGAAACCUUCGACCCCAACGAAGAUCCCAAACGACAUGCCCGCGGUGUUAUGCCCGGCCCAGGUGGCCCUUAUCCAACGGCUACCAAUGGUCGGUCCCGUGGUUCCAAUGGGUACCCAAGACCCCCAGGUCCCCCAAGCGGACCCCCGCCCCAAGAUCCUCGCACAUACAGCCUACCAAGAGCCAGCGGGAAUGGCUCAAACGGCGGAGGUUAUUCCAGUGCACCCGCUCCUGGUUACAAUCCAGGCUAUGGGUCCUAUGACCGACGUGCCCCCAAUGGCGGGUAUUCGGGAAGACCUGGAGGCGACUUCAUUCCACCUGACCACUACUUCAUGCCAUCUCAGAGAAAGUACAGUGGCGAGAAUAUUCGUGUCUACGUUGACUAUAACAAGUAUUCAGAAUCCCCCGUCAAGUCAAAUCAGAUCCAAGAGGGUCUUUAUACUUCGCGAGAAAUCUCGCCAAACUAUAAGUUGAUGUGGAGAAUUCUUCGAGAUGUUCAGGAAAUCGAGGUGGUCAUGCAGAUUAAAGGGACUGGUUAUGCUGCUAUUGGGUGGAGGCCCAAGACCGCAGAUAAAAGUUGCCAACGAUUUCCGCGAAUCGUUUCUCCCGAGAACGAGUCUUUGGAUUACGACUCCAGUGAAUUGAAUUCUGAUGAUUCGGAGCCUGAAGGAGAAAAUGAAGCCAAAUCUGAUCCAGAGUCAGAAGCUGAAGCUAAAGCCCAGGCUGAAGGCGAGGCUGAAGGCGAAGCCAAACCAGAAGGUCAAGCCUAUGCCGAAGCCGAGGAUCAUGCGGAUUCCGAAUCUGAACCAGAGGCUGAUACUUCUGACAAUGAGGCCAUUGAGGCUGAGGCCCUUGCCCAAAGCCGAAGUGGUCGUCGUGUGGAAAAGAGCAUUGAUGUGAGCAUUGGCUUCGUCAAGACCUCCGUUAGCACGGGAGACAGAAAGAAGAGAUCGGCCGAGCUUGAAGAAAUUUCUUUUGAGUCGGAAGCUUUCCCAGACACCUCAAUCGAUGUGGAAGCCGAUUCGACUCUCUUUGAAUCGGAUUUGCGUACACAAGACACCACAGCCGAGCCCAAGGGCGGUGCCCAGGCCGAGGCUGAGGCUGAAGCUGAACAAGCUGCAGUCACAACGGCUGAACCAGAUACGUUUCCAAUGACAGAGACCCCUGGACCAACGGCAGAUUCUUCCGCUGAGCCAGAAAGUCAUGCUGAAGCUGAUACUGAGACAUCAACAACUCCAGGGUUUGAAGCCUUGGAGGAGACUACCAGCCAGCCAGAGGCUGAGUCUGAACCAGAAACGCAUGAUGACACAGACAGUGUGCCACAAGUUGAGGCGGAAUCUGAGAGUUCCACAACCGAAGCCUAUCCAGAAAGCGAAGCUGAGAGUGAAUCGGCAACUGAAACUCAAAGUGUACCAAGGUCUCAGUCGCAACCACGAGCCAUUGACUUCAAUUCUGGCAAUGAAAUUGAGCCCUUUAAUCAAGGCACUGAUGUACCAUACCUAGAAACUGAAGAAGCUAAGCCUGAAAGCGAGGCUAAAUCCGAGGGUGAAGCUGAAGCUGAAGCAGAAGCUGAAAGCGAAGUGGAAGCCGAAACUGAGGCUGAAGCUGAGAGCCCCUCCGAUCAAAGUGAGGACAAUAACGAAGGAAAUGCUGAAGCAGAAUCCAAUGUAGGAGGUGCGUCCGAGCCUGAAAGCGAAGCCGAAGCCGAAUCAGAAGCUGAAUCCGAAGCCGAAGCCGAAGCCGAAGCCGAGGCCGAAUCUGAAGGAGACUCUACGCCUGAAAUUGCAGCUGAGCCAGCAGCCAGUGGCAAGGGUGUCACAGGGUAUACUCCUAAAGGUGAAUUCCACGCUAUGGAUUGCACGGAUAUGGUGAUUGGAAUGGCUCGCGGUAGUGCCUCCCGUGUCUUUGACUAUUAUACCCGUGACCGAUCCACUCCCCGGCGUGACACUUUCUGGGGUGGCAGUGAUGAUCUCACAGCGGCUUUGGGAUUCGAACGCGACGGUGAAACCACAAUCCUCUUCAGGAAGAAACUCUCACCGGAAGGGUUUUCCGACCAUGAAGUGCUAAACGAUCAGAUGCACAUAAUUUGGGCCAUUGGGCAAGAGCCCGAUAACUUCUUUCACAGCCCUGAAUCUGGUUUGGAAAAAGGACCAGCCAAUGUGAAAGAUUUCUAUCGAGCAGAUGAGCUCAAAUAUCACGGAAAGAAGAAUCGAGGCGUGGUUCUCAUGAACUUUUUUGACGAAAUUAAGCAAAGUAUCGGCGCAGACUCCGGAGAAACGCUCGGAUUUUGCGGCGGGGAAUGGAAAUACCCCAGGGAUUGUAAUCCUGAAGACAAGAGCUGCGAUUACAGAGCUCAGUGGAGAUAUGAAGAAAAUAAAGACUUGAUUCAUUUCACGGUCAGAAGUAAUGAUCCCACAAAAUGGACUGGAAUUGGAUUCUCCGAGACUCCUCAGAUGAGUCAAACUGACGUUGUUGUUGGCUUUGUGGAGGCCAAUGGCCGGGCUCGUGUCAUGGACAUGUGGACUAGUUCUUACCUGAGUCCUGUAUUGGAUCGUUCCCAGGAUCUGAUCAAUCCGAAGGCAUCAGUUGAAGACGGAAUUUUGACCAUGGAGUUUACGAGAAAGCGAGACACCGGGGAUUCCGGCAAGGAUGUGGCCUUCAGUGACGACCAAGGGUUCUACAUGAUAUUCCCUGUCAAGGGUGGAGACUUUAACGGUGCCAAUAGGAAGAUUAGAAAGCAUGAGCAGACUCCAACACCUUCAGGCCAAAGGAUCUUUAUCAAGGCGUGUCGAAACGAUGAUGGCACACCCACAUUUACGACAACACCCCGACCUGCCCAAUUAAGGUAUCAAGCCAAGGUUAAAUUCAUUGAGCUUGGGGACAAGUACCAGUUACCCGUGUCAGGAUCUCGGGAGUACACCGAAUUAAAAACGAGAAUCUCCAGGGCUAUGAAGGGAACCAUGAUCUCCCAAGUCCCUGGGUUCCAAGAGAUUGUCAUCAACAAAUUCAGAGGAACGGACAAAAUAUUCGGUGAAUUUGAGGCAGAUAUGUUUGUCGUUGUGGACAAGGAUGAGUAUGAAGCCAAAGAACCCGAGGCCAUGACCAUGGAGAAAGCCAUUGAAGAAUCGGUCAAGGAUGGCAUGGUUGGGUCCCUUCAAGUUGAUCCACAAUCGCUUGUUUUGCGUGCGCCGAUUACCACCGAGCCAAGCACAGACGAUGAUGUUGAAGUUGAAGGAGCAGGAUUCAUGACCAGUACAAAAUUGUACAUUGUCAUUGCCUGUAUUGUUGCUUUGAUCAUAAUCGCCCUCAUCCAAGCCUCAUGUACCGUCUAUCGAAUGUCUAAAAAGUCAUCAACUCGAAAGGAUAAACUCAUCGCCCAAUCCGCCUGGAGAGACUACAGCGCCCAAGGUCAUCACACCAACUACGCGUACGAAACCUUCGACCCCAACGAAGAUCCCAAACGACAUGCCCGCGGUGUUAUGCCCGGCCCAGGUGGCCCUUAUCCAACGGCUACCAAUGGUCGGUCCCGUGGUUCCAAUGGGUACCCAAGACCCCCAGGUCCCCCAAGCGGACCCCCGCCCCAAGAUCCUCGCACAUACAGCCUACCAAGAGCCAGCGGGAAUGGCUCAAACGGCGGAGGUUAUUCCAGUGCACCCGCUCCUGGUUACAAUCCAGGCUAUGGGUCCUAUGACCGACGUGCCCCCAAUGGCGGGUAUUCGGGAAGACCUGGAGGCGACUUCAUUCCACCUGACCACUACUUCAUGCCAUCUCAGAGAAAGUACAGUGGCGAGAAUAUUCGUGUCUACGUUGACUAUAACAAGUAGUAACAUACCCCUGGGUCCAGCUCCCUUCCCUAGUGUCUGCCUGUUUGCCUGUGGUAGCCUAAAUCUUUGGGUUCUCUCCAAAACACUCUUGUGACUGUGAGGACAAAUUGUGUUUUGCAAACACUGAGCUAACCAGCUUCCAAUUGACGGACAAUCUUGAGACAACCACUGUGAUCCCUUAUUAUGCAUGAACCUCCUGUCAGUGUCUGCCCUUCCCUCUCCCAACGUUUACCAUACCGUCCUAUCCUAGUAUAACUACUCAAGUCUCCACGACAGUUCCCUUGGAUCCCUCCAGGCACCCCCGAUAAAUCCAAUCUACCACCGAGACCAACGCAUACGAGAGUCUCGCUCAAUUGGACCCGAUGAGUUCUAACCAGACAGACUAUUGCAUUGGAGGAACUAGAAUCUUGAGUUAGUUCCCACGCCGUAACAAUACUACAACACUUAUUACGCAUGAUAAAAUGUUAUUUGAUUUGGAUUUUAAUUUUACCUCCCCACUCCCAACUCAAAACUUACAAAUAUUUGGCAUUCCCAUUUUUUGCGCGAACAAUCUGGUCAAAUUUCAAUUACAGCUCAACGGAACGAUCUUUUUUUCAUUUGAUUCAUGCCGUGCUUCCUCACCCCUAGGAAAACCAAAAUAUACAUUUUAGUUGGGUUUCACAAAGGCUUGGACUUCGAGAUGCAAUGAAUGCUAUUGAAUUGUUAUAGGUGCCAUGAAACAGAUUCAUGAAGAUUGAAGAGAUCAAUGUCAGUUAGAUGAAAUUCAACCAUUAAAGCCCACAACCUUGUUGAAUCGAGCUUGUCAAUUUCUUCUCAUACCAAUUGGUUGUCUUGAUUGAAUGUUUUUCAAUUAUAGUGAAUAUGUGAAUACAUGUUAACCAAGUGCCGAAUGUUUGAGCAAUGCUACCCAAAUAAAUUAUGAACAA